AUGGCAGCUCAGAUGGAUCAGCAGAUCCACCGAGAUCCGGCACUCUUCUACUGGAUCCUGCUCCCCAUCACCGUAGUCAUGAUCCUCACCGGCAUCCUUCGCCACUACAUGAGCACCCUCCUCCAAACGACGCCCAAGCGCCAAAUCAUCGAGAAACUGCGAGAGCAGCGCUACCUCCUGCGAUCCCAGGGCCUCCGCGUGGCCUUUCCGCAAAUCUCCAAGUCGGCGUUUGAGAAGCGGAAAGAAUGGUGGAUUGACAAUGCAAAGGAGGGCAAGUUCCUCGCGGAUCCGGAGGCGAGAGGAGCCAAGCCGAAUCCCAUUUCUGAUCCGGCGAUGAUGGAAAAUAUGAUGGGCGCCAUGAAGGGGAACGUGGCUAUGAUGGUGCCGCAGAGCUUGAUCAUGGGGUGGAUCAAUGCCUUCUUUUCGGGCUAUGUCAUCAGCUGGUACGGGAAUGCUAAUGUAUAUGGGGUGGUAGUGAAACUCCCUUUCCCGCUUACGCCGCAGUUCAAGCAGAUGCUACAAGCAGGUGUCGGAACGAGGGAUCUGGAUGUGCGAUGGGUGAGCAGUCUCAGCUGGUAUUUCCUCACGCUGUUUGGGCUGCAACCAGUGUACAACUUCAUCUUGGGCAGCAACAAUGCCGCAGCACAGGUGACACAGCAGAUGGCUCAGGCACAAAUGGGGAGUCCAAUGGGCGGCGCCGACAAUCCCGACAAGAUAUUCGCCGCGGAAGUGGAGAACCUGGAGGUGAUUGAGCAUUGGUAUAUCCUGGAUGGGGUGGAAGAGCGGUUGAUCAAGAAGCUCGAAGCUACUCCCAUAUAG